AUGGUGGCACUUCUUUGUGAUUGUGAGAAGCACAAGAAGUAUGAAGAACAUAUGGAGCAACAUAAGCUAGUACAGUUCCUGAUGGGAUUAAAUGAAACUUAUGCACAAGCAAGGAGUCAAGUAUUGUUGAUUGUACCAGUGCCAACACUUAAUCAAGCUUACAACAUGAUUAUGCAAGAUGAGAGUCAAAGAACACAGUCCAGUAUGAUUUCACAACUCAGCACAGGAUUGCAGCAGAUGAAUAUGAUUGAUCCAACAGCCUUUGCCUUCACUCAGAACAAUAAGUCCAAGAAGAAUAAUGGGAUGUACUGUAAUUAUUGUCAUUUGAAGGUGCAUCUGAAGGAGAAUUGUUACAGUUGGUUGGAUAUCCCCCAGGUCAUAAGUUUAAUAGAAGAAAGGGCUUUGACAGAUCAAUAUCAACAACUUUUGAAGCUGAUCAACCAAGAGCCAACUGUUGCAGAGUCAAGAGCUAAUAUGGUAGGUAUAAAAGAACUUCUUACUACCUGUUUGCUUGCAGGUUCUGAACCUGAUUCUUUGGUGAUUGACACUGGAGCCUCAAACCAUAUGGACCUUUUUACUGGCAAGGCGGGGGUGAUUGGUAAGGAGAAGGGUGGUCUUUACAUACUUCAACCUACCAAAAAGUCAUUACCAGUCAAAGGACCUUGGCAGUCUUCCUUUUCAGUACUCAGUACACCUAAUCCAAUUAUAAGUUCUACUCCAGCUCUUCACACAUCAGUUUCAGACUUAUCUCACUCCUCAUCACUGGAAUCCAGUCAUUACAAUAUAUGUCAUCAAAGACUUGGCCAUGACAGUCAUACAAAAAAUACCUUCCUUGAAGAAUCAAUUGUUGAAUAA